UACACCUGCUACACUGCUUCACCUACUACGUCUCCUGCUACACGCCACGGUUCCGGCCAUGUUUGCGAAGUUCCCGGGGUCGUCGCCGGUGGACCUUGGGCGCGGCGCGACGCCGAACUCCUCUCCGCCCCUGACGAAUCGCUCGGAGGAGAAGGAGGGCACCAAGCCGAGAUUGGACCCCCCAAGAAGACCGGAGCAGUCGAAUGGAGACACGGAUACGGUGCAGUGCGGCCCAAACACCAUGGACUUGUUGGGCGGCUUCUCCUGCACAGGUGGCCGACGGAAAGCCACCACGGACUCCUCGCUGGAGGAGGCGAUGUCUCCAUCGAGGAGAAAAUCGCGGGAGACAGAGUUUAAGGAGCAGUUUCCAGGCGACUAUUUCAAUGUCAAAGCUGACUUCGACUCAAGUCCGCCCACCACUGCUUCGCCCCACGGAGAAGGUGCCGACUCGGGCGGCGAACUUCCGGGCACCUCGCCGUCCGAACGCUCCGAGAGCUGCUCUCCGCAGGGCCGUGGAGUUCAGCGUGGAGAUAAGCUUCGCAAGCAAGUGGGGCUGGUGCCACCAAUUAGUCCUGCAGGCCAACUGGAGAAGUUGAGGCAAAGACCUGAAUCGGAGGAGGAGGCGAGAUCAGAGACGGACAGGAAGCCGCCCGAGGGCCGCGGUGCUGAGGCCGCCACUGUUGAGGCGCUACCGGCGCUCAACUCGGGUGCCACCAGCCCCGAGGAGCGCAGCCCCGAGGUCGCCGCGCGCGAGGUCGAUCGGACGCGGUCUAUGAGCUCCAUCAGCGGAAAGUCCACUGCGGAGCUCCGGUCUCCCAGGAGGGUGAACCAGAACGUGCCGCGUCUGAAUGCCACACAGCUCAACCAGCUCAUGCAGGUGCCGGGACAGCCACCUGGACCACCUAUGCUUUGCCAGGAACAGCUUGCCAUGAAAGGGGACAACCUAGACUUGGUGAUGGCACCAGGUGACGUGCUGCUCAUUCGAGGAUCCGGGCAGAUCUCCAACAUCGGCAAUGCUGGGGGGUUCAUGGGACAUGUCUUGGUGGUGACGGCCCAGCCAGUGGCAGUCCAGGCUAACACGCCCCAGAUGCAGCAGCUAAUGUCCAUUUGGCCAGAUGAGGCUCGCACCUUGUGGCGGGUUCAAACGGUGGAGAGCAAGAGCUCUGAGACGGGCCUCUAUGAGUGCGAAAGCCUCCUCUAUGUACAGGCUCACAGCCGAACGCUCCUGCUGAUAGGCGAAGUGGAGACCUCGAAGGAAGGCGACGUGUGCAGCUUUGAACCCCAUGAACCAGCAGAGAUCUGGCAGAUGCCGGUCUUCUUCAGAGAGACCAUGCGGCCAGAUUUGAUGGACUGUGUUCUGAAUGAGAUGAGAAAACAUCAGGCCAGCUGGAGUCGCAUCACCGCAUGGCGGGCGGCCGUCUCGAAGGUGGUACGAAAACGGAGUGGAUGGGCACCCCGACUUCCAAGAGGGCACUGCCUGAAGGCGUUGCUGGGUGUCUCGGUCGUCCCCUGGACGCUUUGUGGCCUCGCAUGGAUUCCCAUGUUUUGCACCUACCCCAAGGAUGCAGGACAGAUGGCCCGCACCUUUGCGGCCUGACGAACUCCGACGGCGCGACCGACGGCGAGACGGAGGCCGAGUGUCGGUGAGACGAGCUCCGCGCGCUGAGGCGGAACUCGCUGCCAAAGUGCGGUGAGACCGCGUGG